AUGUCGACUAAAAAAGUACGGUUAAGAAAAAAACGCUUGAAACGGAAGUUUUGUAUAGGCAUCGUACUCAAAGUCCAAAAGCAGAAAAGUGGAAAAGGUGGAAGCAGUGAUCUACUUUUUCGAUUGGACAGUGAGUUGAAACAAGAGUUAAACUAAAAAUAAAGAGUUUACUAUUAUCGUGGGAUAGAUUAAUCUAGAAGCGAGAGAUAAAAAUUUAAUUUGACAGCACACUGCUCUGCACUCGUACACAGGCUCAGUUAGAACAAACUACCUAAAACCUUUGACAGAACAUUGCUUGCAACAAACCUUCGAUGACAGUAAGUUAUUAAUAAUAAGGUUAAAAAAAGAGCCUUUCGUUUUAUUAUUGCAGCCAACAGUAGUGAUCUGGUUCCAUCGUUAAGAAACAUUGCAAAGAAGCAGAGCGAUGAUAAGGAUAUGAUUCGCGGGAAGCUGAAGGAUGCAGCUCGGCGCAUGAACCAAUGGGAGGGUGAUCUGUCGGCUCAUCAACCCGAAAACUUGGUAUUUGGGCUCCUUAAAACAUUACUGAUCAUUUUGACGGUCGGGUAAUUAAUUUAUUAUUAUCGAAAGGUGGCUCCUAAAUAUUGACAAUGAGCUAAGUUAUACAACUUUAUGACUUCAGAUGAUCUUUUAUAUCUUUCUGCAUUUAUUUUUCUCAUUAUUUUGGAGAAGUGAAAAUGUCAAAAUUAUGUGAGUGCUGAGGAACGGAUGUGCGGAGAAACAUUUUUUUUUCAAAUUUUUUCAAAUGGUUUCACGAAGAUUUCAACCAGAAAAAAAGUAGUUUUGCGACAAAAGCCUUAACGGAUUUCGUAUCACCUGGACUUAAUUUUGCUGAUAUCGCAGAGGUUUCUGUAUAGACAAUGAAGUUAGAUGAAGCUCCAUGAAAAAGUAGUUUUGGGGAAAAAAACUUGAGAUAUGACCAGUUUUCCGGAGUGGAACUGGAUUUUUUUGUAAAGAAAAGUAGGAAAAAAUACUUGUUUCGAUUGAAAACUUUUUGUUGACUUCCUGACAUGGUAAUAGUGUGUUAAAGCAUUGUUUGGUGAGUUGUAAACACCCAAUGAAGAUAAUCAAAUAGUUUUUUUUUAAAGUAGCACUUUCAGAUAGUCUGUCUAACAGUUUUAACAGUUUCGGCGCCAUAUGGUUUUUGAAUCUCAGAUAUCGGUCUCUGAAAUGUGCGCCUAUUAUCGGUUGCGUGUCAUGGUGAAUAUGUGUGUGAACUUGUACGUCCUCAUGCGGAAAGUUCUCAAAUGGUUCAACUCCAACGGCGCGGUUUUUUUUUUCAUUAUAAUUUCAAAUUUUGAACCGGAAAACAGAAGCUGAAAAAGCUUGACUCCUCUACAAUCAACGACAUGGUGAAGAACGUGACAAUGAUGUUCGAGGCGUGUUGCGCCAUCGGUGAAGUCUUUGAACUCGCUUCAGUCGACAGAUCGACUGUGAGCUUCUAGGCUCGUUUUGAAAAUGCCAGUUUUUAGGCCAAGUACAAGUCGUUCUUGAAAAAGAGCAAAGACGAGUACGAGUGCUCGAAGAACUCCGAGUUGGAAAUCAAAGUUCCUUCAGAAUAUUUGCCUCGCUUCGAAGCCACUCUCACCCAUUAUAGGUAUUCUCUCUGUGGCAAAAUUUCAACUCAAUUUGGACUUGCAGGUCUCUGGUCAGCACAAUUUGUACCUCGUUUCUUCCCGUUGUCGAAACUCUGUCGGACCAAUUUACAAACGAUUUUAAGACCGGGCAUAUGAUAAAGUUUCAAAUCUCUUAUUACUGAUGAUUUCAGCGAUGUGAAGAAGAUCAUGGCGGAACUGCCGCCGAUGUACCACUUUGUCAGUCAGAGACCUUUCAGCUCCAAGACCACAGAACUUGUGGGCGAUCCGCCACCCAACAGAAAGAUUAUAGCCAUGCCACCCUUAGUUGGAUUUAUUUCUUUUGCAGUGAGCUACAGUAAUUUGUUUCAGACAAACGAUUCACACAAAUCGGUGGAGGAGAGGUUUAAUAAUCAAUUCCCAAUCCAAUUUAUAUUUAAUCUCGUUUUAGCAAAAAGCCGACAGCAGUCAAACAGCCAUAUGCCAAGUACUUUAAUUGCUACUUUAAUCAUCUUCAAAGUUUGCAGCCCUAUCAAAGACCAUUACCUUGGAACUUCUAACUCUUCCAAAAAAGUUUCUUCGUGAGUACUCCAAACGAUUGAAAAGUCAAAAUCAAACAGAUCAAUGGCAUCAAAAACCGCUAGAAGUGAAAGGUCGGAGAAAAAGAAAUCAGCAGAGCGUGCGAAGUCGUUGGAGAAAAGCGAAAAAAAAAAUAAAAGCAAAGAAAAGUCGACGAGAACUUCCAAAAAUUCGUCCAAGUCUGCUAGUGAGUCGAUUUUUUGUUCAAGUUUGAUGAAGAAUAUUGCAGAAAAGACAAACUCCGCAAAAAAGUGA